CACAAUCCUUAGCUCCUUCCGUCUCCUCUCGGUUCCCGUCCGUUCCUCCGGUGGCCAUGGCGGGGUCUUUGGCUGGGAUGCUGCGAGGGGGUCUCCUGCCCCAGGCGGGUCGGCUGCCCACCCUCCAGAUUGUCCGCUAUGGCUCCAAGGCUGUUACCCGCCACCGUCGUGUGAUGCACUUUGAGCGGCAGAAGCUGCUGGCUCUGACUGAGUAUAUACCCCCCAAACCUGCCAUCAUCCCAAGAUGCCUGCCACCUCCUCCCAGCCCUCCCAAGGAGGAGACAGGCCUCAUCCGGCUCCUGCGCCGGGAGAUAGCAGCUGUUUUCCGAGACAACCGAAUGAUAGCUGUCUGCCAGAAUGUGGCUCUGAGCGCGGAGGACAAGCUCCUUAUACGGCACCAGCUGCGGAAAUACAAGAUCUUGGUGAAGGUCUUCCCCAACGAGGUCCUGAAGCCCUUCCUGGAGGAUUCGAAGUACCAGAAUCUGCUGCCCCUUUUUGUGGGGCACAACCUGCUGCUGGUCAGUGAAGAGCCCAAGGUCAAGGAGAUGGUGCGAAUCUUGAAGCGUAUGCCUCUCCUGCCACUGCUAGGUGGCUGCAUUGACGACACCAUCCUCAGUAGGCAGGGCUUCAUCAACUACUCCAAGCUUCCCAGCCUGGACCUGGUGCAGGGGGAGCUGGUUAGAGGACUCACCUUCCUAAUGGCCCAGACACACUCCCUGCUUCAGCACCAGCCCCUCCAUCUGACCGCCCUAUUGGAUCAGUACAUCAGACAGCAACAUGAAGGGGACUCCGUCGAGCCAGCCAGUGGGAAACUGGAUCCUCCUGACACUGUUCUGGAUUCAUAGCCUGUUAUACCCAGCCCUGCCCAUAAAUACACUCUGACUCUCUGG